GGCGAGAUUGUGUCUCCACGUGUAACAGUAGUGACGGACUGCUAAACAUUUUCUCUUUCAACUGGCGUUGAAGAGGAUGCGGAAGAUUUCGCAAUUGAUAAUAUUAUAUACCGAGAGAGACAGAAAUACUUGUCCAUACAGAAAACACUUUAAUUUUUUGCACCACAAAUUGGAUUAGAUUCUGCGCUCUGGAUUGACUGUGGAAAACACGGAUUCGACUGUUUCUUAAUUUUGGGGACUGAAGUAUGGGUGAAUUAAUUACAUUCCAAGUUGGAAGACAUGGCAGUUGCUUAAAGGAUGCAUAUGAUGAGUGCCUAGUACUGUAUCUGUGAGGACCCCCAUGUGCUCCUCGGCCAAGUGAUGUUGGCCAUGCAGCAUUACAACGCCUCUCCAACUGCCCUCGCCAACCAGAGCCAUGGCACGGCCAAAGUGGCGGCAGUGGCGGCCGAGGCGCAGAACAUCAGCGACCAAAGGACCCCUACCGCCGCCGUCCUGUGCAUGACCCUGGGAAUUCUCUCCAACAUCCUGGCCCUGUUCAUCCUGGCCAAAGCCUACAAUCGCAUGCGCAGGCGCUCCAAAGCCACGUUCCUGCUCUUCGCCAGCUCCCUGGUGGCCACGGACUUGGCCGGACACAUCGUCUCGGGAGCCCUUGUGCUCACGCAUUACUCGAGCCCGGGCUCGCACAACAACUCGGGGAGCGUGGACCCCUCCUGCCAGUUCCUCGGCGGCUGCAUGGUCUUCUUCGGCCUGUGCCCGCUCUUCAUGGGCUGCGCCAUGGCGGCCGAGCGCUGCCUGGGCGUGACCAAGCCUCUGCUGCACGCCUCGUGGGUCAGCACGGCGCGCACCAAGCUGGCGCUCUCCUUCAUCUGGCUGGUGGCCCUGCUCGUGGCCCUGCUGCCGUCCUUCAACCUGGGCCGCUACACCUACCAGCACCCCAUGACCUGGUGCUUCAUCAGCGUGCUGGAGGAGACGCGGGCCGGCGACGUGGCCUUCGUCCUCAUCUUCUCCGGGCUGGGCAUGGCCUCUCUGGCCGUGGCGAUGGUGUGCAACACCAUCAGCGGGAUCACGCUGGUGCGCGCCAGGCUGCGCUCCACGAGGACCAAGUCGCGGCGCGCCGCCAAGUCGCACGACAUCGAGAUGGUGGUGCAGCUCCUGGGAAUUAUGAUCACCUCGUGCAUCUGUUGGGUCCCCCUGCUGACAUUUGACCUGAUGUCAGUGAUGCAAUCGUACCGUGGCUAUAUGGACGACGACCAAAGCUCUUACUACAAAGAACUUCUUCUGACAGGAGUGCGGCUAGCGUCCCUUAACCAGGUCCUAGACCCAUGGGUGUACAUCCUGCUGCGACGGGCAGUCCUGCGCAAAAUCUACUGCCUCACCACCUGCGGGAGGGUCAAUCUCCAGGGAAGUACUUUCCGGCGCUGGGAGAUAAGCUCUCUGCAGAGUUCGGAGAAAAAAUCUGUCAAUCGAAUGUGAGCGUUACACUGGGCAAGGCUGAGGUGAAGCCGACACAGUGCAAAAUCAUGAGUCAUGAUGGACAUUCGAAAUUUAAAAUGCCCCUACGAUAGAGAUCAGCCUCUCUGCUUCUUCCAGGUAUCAAGGAGGAGGUUAAGAGGAUUACUCAAAAUGACUCAUUGUCCAUGACAGACCCACCCGGCUAGUCUGUUUUUAAUGUGAAUGUAUUUGCAAACUAUGCUAAGUUCAAGUCACAUCUGCCUAUGACAGUUGUGGAUGGCCAGUGAAAAAAGAAAAUUGUAUGAUGUUGUGUUGGUAUGGAAGUAAAAGAAUAACGAGCAUCAGAUGUCCCCAAUACAUUAACUGAAAGAGGAAACUGAUAAUGGCCGCGCUCCCCAGAUUUGUUGAGAAGCAUUAAGAACUUCUUAGAGCAUUCUUAUAACGUUCUUAGAGCGCUCCUAAGAAGCUAUAUUAAGCUAUGUUAAGAGCUUCUUAAUGAAUCUGGAAAACGUGGCCAAUAUGGUUAACAGCUGAGCAGAAAGAUGGUUGUUUUGGGGAUGACUGAGGAUGUAACAUAUUGUGAUGCUUUCAAGUGCAACUUUGAACUCAGUGUUCCUGGAAGCCUUGCCUUCUGGCAUUUAAUUAAAUAAAUCUUUAAAAAAAAGAAAUAGUUGCUUUGUAAAGCCCAUCUCAACAUUGUUAUGACUCAGUACUUGACAGAAACUGUUUUGCCAUAGUUGUUUCUUUUGUAUUGUUUUUGGCUUGGCAUGACUGUGGGUGUCUUAAUAGGUUGUAAAAGCAGUGAGUAAUGUAGCCACAGUAAAAAAGUGAAGUCUUAUUUUUGCGGAGAAAUGCUUUUGCUGUUUUAUGUAGCUUAUUUAUUGUGUAACACUGUUUUCCCAGAUAUGUGGGAGGACUUGAAAUUAAGCUAUUCCAAUGUAAAAUAUAUUGAAUGUCAUAACAAUAAAACAAAAGUGUAGAUGUUUAUUGCUAUUUCAUUCAUUUUUUUCAGUCAGAGGUCUUGAUCAGGUCAUUUCCCAUUAAAUGAAGCCUGCAUAAUUAUAAAAACCAAUCAAAUGACGUUUACAGUCACAUAAAACUUGGAAGUCAUAUUGCAAAACAAAGUUUUUCAACUCAUUUGAAAUCUCAAUAAUAUCCUGUGUUGUGAGGAAAACACUAAGGGUAGCACAAGUUACAAAUAGGCCACUUACAUCUUUAUUGUUAAAAAUAUAUAUAUUUUACUCUCUCCUG